GAAAGAAGCAAAAGACCCGGAGAGGGAGAGAAGGAGAGAGACAUCGCUGUUGUGAAUUGGAGGGAGCGGUGCUGUGAAUUAGCAAAGAAUUAGCAUCCAGAGCAGUUUAGCAUUACGGCAAGAGAAAGCCGAUGCUCCGGCUGGAAGAAUCCCAUUAUGGAAGAAGUACCGGCAACUGUGCACUGGCAACUCUCUCCCUGAACUGCUGCUUCUCCUCUGACUCAGGUAACAAUGGGGGGCUUCUGAUCUGUAGACCCUCAGGCACAUGUGAAACUGAGAAGGUGGGCCCCACAUCCCACCUGGACCUGCAGGGCCACUCCUAAAUGAUCAUGGCUACCAUGGGCGGUCAUGAUGGCUACAAUAUCCAAGCCACCGCCGCCAUUGCAGCUGUCACCACAUUCCUCAUCAUCUUCACCAUCUUUGGCAACAUUCUAGUGAUCAUUGCUGUGCUGACCAGCAGGUCUCUGAAAGCCCCACAGAACCUUUUCCUGGUGUCCCUUGCGGCCGCAGACAUCCUAGUGGCCACCCUCAUCAUCCCCUUCUCUCUUGCCAAUGAGUUGAUGGGCUACUGGUAUUUCAGCAGGACAUGGUGCAAAGCCUACCUGGCCUUGGAUGUUCUCUUCUGCACAGCCUCCAUCGUGCAUCUCUGUGCCAUCAGUCUGGACCGGUACUGGUCGGUUAGCAGAGCCAUUGAGUACAACUCCAAGAGGACGCCAAGGAGGAUCAAGUGCACCAUCCUUGUGGUGUGGCUGAUUGCAGCAGUCAUCUCCUUGCCUCCGCUGGUCCUCAACGAAAACCCAAACAAUGCCAAAGAGGAUGCAAGGAGGUGUGAGCUGAAUGAGGAGCCCUGGUACAUCCUCUCCUCCAGCACCUGCUCUUUCUUUGCCCCCUGCGUCAUUAUGAUCUUGGUGUAUCUCAGGAUCUACUUCAUAGCCAAGCGUCGAAACAAGCAGAGGACUCAAGCUAAGAAGCCCAAGACAAAGGCAGAAGAAGGGGUGCCCCAAAUCAUUGCCGUUCCAUCUGUUGAAACCUCUCCCAAGCAGGACCAAUCCAAGCCUCAGGGAGAAGGGGAGCCAAAUGGACAUCAGGUACCCACUCAGGAAAGUGACCAACCAGAGACCCAUUGCCUCUCUACUGAGAAGUUUUCUCUUGUAAGCCAGGAGGAGAAAGACCCAGAGCCAGCAACUGCCACCAGCCCUUCUCAGUCCCUGCCUGAGAAGAAGCCAUCUUCAGAGUGCUUUCCCCCUAGCAGCGCCAAGCGGGGCAAUGGACCACCCCAGAGCUCCCCUCAGGGCAUGGACACCUUGGCCACUGCGAGAGGGGAGGUCCUGCUGGUGAGGAGGGUGAAGACCCUCAGUGCCAACCCUUGGAAGAGGAAGACACACCUCAACCGGGAGAAGAGGUUCACCUUUGUCCUAGCUGUGGUGAUUGGGGUCUUUGUCAUCUGUUGGUUCCCUUUCUUCUUCCUCUACAGCCUCCGAGCCAUCUGUCCCCCAGAGCACUGUCCAAUCCCAGAAAGCACCUUUAAGUUUUUCUUCUGGAUUGGCUACUGCAACAGCUCCUUGAACCCUGUCAUAUAUACCAUCUUCAAUCAGGACUUUCGCAAGGCUUUUAGGAAGAUUCUCUGCAGGCAGUGGACUCAGACUGCCUGGUAAGAGAGGCUGGGUGAGCGCAAGCCAGCAAGCAAUUCAAGAGUGCAUGGGGACCCUUGUGGAAACGGAACUGAUCGCGCUAUUUAAACUAAACAAAGAAAAAUAUAUUUAUUUGUUGGCUUUUGUGUUUGCAGAAAGGGGAGUGAGGUGAGUGCUGGAUAGAAACUGGCUAGUUCAGC